AUGAAGGACGUCCAGCUGCAAUACCGGCCAGUGCGAUUCAACGGGUCAUUCAUCGACAAGCCCAUCUACUUGCAAGAUCCCAGUCCAGAGGUCGAUCAAGCAUGGUCAGACUUGGGUAUUGACUUCAGGACGACAAUUGUGCCCGAAGACCGUGGGAAAGACGCAGGAAUCGAUUCCUCGGCGGUGAAAGUGCGAGCGGAUCAGGGCGGUGGCUAUCUUACCAACAUAGAAGUUCUCCAUCAUCUUCAUUGCUUGAAUAUGAUCCGCCAGACAUUGCCUUGGAACGUCGACUAUUACCGAGACCAGAGCGCUGGGGUGCACGAGAACAGCGAGCCCAUUGUCCGACUACACGUUGACCACUGCAUGGACAUCGUUCGGCAGCAGCUCCAAUGCUCCAGCGAUGUCGGCACAUUCGGACAACGUUGGAUCCAGCGUGAAGGAAAAGCCUUGAACGUAUUUCCAAUCUUCGAUACCAUUCACAUGUGCCGCAAUUUCGACGACAUUCUGGAGUGGGCAAAGAACCAUCAGUCCUUUGACGGCGCACGUGCUGAAGUCCGAGACACGGAUAUGAUCAUGGACCAUUACACUUGA